AUGUCAGAAACACUCACCUCAGUGCGACGAGAGCCCGUUCGGCUACAAACAGGCCAGCCCAGAGAACUUCGCAUUCCCGAUCUCUUCACCGGGGUUCUAUCAGGUGAACCUGCAUUGAACCCAUACGAAGCCAAAGUCAGAUCAGAAUCCGAAACAUGGACUAAAGAGAUUGCACAGAUGAGCAAUAGUAUGGCCAAGAUAUUAACAAGAGCCAAUUUCCCUUACCUGAUAAGCCUUUCGGCACCUGAUGCCGAUGCAGAGGCGUUUCGUAUGGGUUGCGAUUGGUGUAUUUGGGCUUUCGUAUUUGACGACCUUUUCGAUGAGGGCAUCAUGAAAGAUAAAACCAUUGUGGCGGCCGAGGAAAUGAUUGCCACACUAGCGAUCAUGGAUAACACACACCCACCCGUAAAUCGCAAGCAGUACCCUCUCAGAGGCACCCUUCCUCAGGUAUGCGAGCAAUUUCUGGCUUUUUAUGGCCUUACUAUUGUACACGACGAACUAAUCGCAAGUGACAGAGCUACAGCAACGCUGGAAGAUGACCCAUCGAAAAUGUCUACUGGACUCGAUGUUGCCAUCUCUGAUUACAUAGAUACGCGACGACAGUCGAUCGGGUCUUACUGUUUGUUCGUGGUAGUAGAAUGGGCGCACGGAAUACAGUUGCCACAGGCUGUAAUCGAGCAUCCUUCUGUGGCUAUUUGUGAACGUGCCGCUGCCGAUCUGACCUGGUUAGUCAACGAUAUCUUGUCCUACAAGAAAGACCUCGCCUUCGGUGUGGAACACAACAUCAUCUGUUUGUUCAAGCGAAGGGGCUUUUCGGAGCAAGAGGCAGUUGGCAAAACUAAUAAUCUCAUGGAUGAACGACAGAGAGAAUGGAAAAAAGCAGUCUCGGAAUUACCAUCUUGGGGGGAAAAGGUAGACCACGAGGUCCGCAAAUAUCUUGACGCCUGCCGCGAUGUCGCCAGAGCAAAUCUCUAUUGGAGCUUCAAGAGUGGUCGAUAUCUGUCUCCGGAAGAAUCAGACCGAGUCCGUAAAGCCCAUGUAUUGGACCUGGCUUGA